AUGGCGUACCGACAUCCCCUCCGCCAAACACAAACCGCCGACUACUUAUCGCCUACAAAGCGACAGCCCUCCAACGCUUCCACUACCUCGUCGGGAUACUCCUCCUCAUCCGGCGCAUUUGAUUUGAGCCGAACAAGCACUCUGUCUUCAACAACAUCGAGCGGUUACACGGGCCAUAAGAGGGGAUUAAGUGAGACCACAGGCAUGGCAUAUCCUGGGUUUGAGAAGACAGGCAAGCGUAGUAAUCUGGACUCAAGUCCGGAAAGCGCAUACAAGAACGUGCGCCAGUCUCUUCGCCCUCUACCCCAACCGCCUGCCGCAACACCCCCGGAAAGAAAUGGCUACCAUACGCGUGGGCAAAGCAUGGACGUGGGAUAUCCUUCGCGUGGACAUACCAUCGAUACGAGUAGUUCGGCAUACACAGACUAUGGCGAAACUACUAAUACACGGCUAUCUCCCAUCAGACCAAAUUCUAUGCUCCUAACUCGCGCCGACUCGAUGAGCCGCAUGAGGGGUCAAACCAUGCAACACAGCCACAGUCCCUUUGCCGCGCCGGAUUUGCAAAGUCUCCAGAAGUCCUCGACCAGCCAGCUACGCACGCUGUCCAAGUUUGCUGAAAAUGGAUCCUCUGAUAGUUUCAGCAUCACAUCUCCGGCGCAAGAAGUCGUUGGUCUUCACGGACGGAGGAAAUUACAGCGAAGUGGAGGAGACAAGACCAAUGGGCGGAAUUGGAUGGACAAACAACGUCAAUUUUUGCAGGCAUACGAAUAUUUGUGUCACAUUGGUGAAGCCAAAGAAUGGAUGGAAGACAUUUUGAAGCGAGAAAUACCUCCAAUUGUUCAGCUGGAGGAGGCUUUGCGAGAUGGUGUUACUCUUGCAGAAGUUGUUGAUGCCUUGUAUCCCGAGCGCCGUCUACGUAUAUUCCGGUCUCCAAAGUUACAAUUUCGACAUUCGGACAACAUCGCAAUCUUCUUUCGACUUGUCGCUGAGGUGGAGCUUCCAGAAAACUUUCGAUUUGAAUUGGUCGAUUUAUAUGAAAAGAAGAACAUACCGAAGGUCAUCUACUGUAUUCACGCGCUGAGCUUCGCACUUUUCCGGCGGGGCAUCGUGGACUUCCAGAUUGGCAAUCUCGUUGGACAGCUUGAAUUUGAAGACCAUGAACUGGAAACUAUGCAAAAGGGGCUGGAUAAGGCCGGCGUCAGCAUGCCUAGUUUUGGAAAUAUGGGAGCGAGCUUUGGUUUAGAGCCGGAGCCAGAGCCUGAACCGGAACCAGUGGAGAGCGAAGAGGAUCGUAUCGACCGAGAAUUAGGGGAGAAUGAGAUGGCGAUCAUCGACCUUCAAGCUCAAAUCCGAGGUGCAUCUGCCCGCAUGCGAUGUGGCGACAUAAUGCAAGACCUCUGGGACUCUGAAGACAUGGUAGUUGACCUACAAUCGCGGAUCAGGGGCGACUUCUCACGGCAGAUUUAUGAAUACCGUCUAAACAUGCGAAGAUUUGCGGUGAACCUGCAGAGCGGUAUUCGAGGAUAUUUAGUACGACAACGGCAGCAAAAUCGGGAAUCGUUUUGGAAAAGCAGAGAAGGCGAUAUUUUGAAAUUGCAGAAUCUAAUCAGGGGCAACAAGGCCAGAGACGAGGUACGCAUGACGAGAUCUCAAUUGCGACAUGAAGAGCUAGGAAUUCGAAAAGUACAAGCGAACAUUCGGGGCUUCCUUUCCCGCCGAGCUUUAGCAAACCAGAAGAAAGAGACGAAGACUUUAGCCGGGCCAGUGAAGGAUCUGCAAGCCGCCAUUCGAGGCAUGUUGCUCAGAAACCUUGUCGCUGACGACCACAAAGAGCUUUGCCGUGAAGAGAGUUCAAUCAAUGCGAUACAGGCUUCCAUAAGAGCCAUGCUGGCCAGAAAUCAGAUCUCUCGGCAGAGAGAGGCGCUCCAAUCAUCAACACCGAUUUGGAGAGCUCUCCAGGCAAUGUCAAGAGGAAAGGCCGUCCGCGACCAGAUUCGGUCGACGAAAGAGGAACUGACAGCUCAUCGCGCUGAAAUAACGUCUUUGCAAGCGUACAUCCGCGCAUAUGCAGUGCGCCAACAAGUGGCAUUGACUCUCUCGUCACUGAAAACCCAACAACCGUCAAUAGUGGAGGUUCAGACUCGAAUCAGAGGAAUGUUACUGCGGGGGAGCAUCGCCGAUGACCUUGAAGCACUUGAGAACGAGACACCGCAAAUAUCCAAAGUCCAAGCUUUUGCCAGAGGAUGCUUGCAGCGUCAGCAGAUAGGAGCACUUCUCGAUCAGCUCGAAUCCCACUCGGACGAGAUUAUUGAAUUGCAGUCCUGGAGCCGUGGUGUUCUUCUCAGAAACGACAUCGGCAUGUUGCUUGGUGAGUUGGAGGCCGAAGAAGAAUCCAUCAUCGAGGUCCAAGCAGCAACGAGAGCACUACUAGUCAGAGCCAAAUUUGCCGAGAAGAAGCGCUUCUUCAAGGAGAACAUGGAAAAGGUGGUGAAGAUCCAAAGCUUCGUUCGAGGUCGAUUGCAAGGAGAAGCGUACAAGAGUUUGACGACUGGGAAGAACCCUCCGGUCAAUACCGUCAAGAAUUUUGUGCAUCUUCUCAAUGAUAGCGAUUUCGACUUCAACGAAGAGAUUGAAUUCGAGCGCAUGCGGAAGACGGUCGUUCAGCAAGUACGGCAAAAUGAGAUGGCCGAACAAUAUAUUGAUCAGCUCGACAUCAAGAUUGCUCUUCUAGUCAAGAACAAGAUCACACUAGAUGAAGUUGUCAAGCAUCAAAGAAACUUUGGUGGUCACUCUGGGAAUCUUCUCGUUAAUACUUCAAUGGCUUCCGGAAACCAUUUCGACCUCAAAGCUUUGAAUAAGAACUCACGGAAAAAGUUAGAGUCCUACCAGCAGCUCUUCUUCACACUUCAAACCCAGCCACAAUACCUCGCUCGGCUUUUCAAGAGAGUUCGGGAGCAAGGGACAUCCGAGAAGGACUGCAAGCAGAUCGAAACUCUGACCAUGAGACUCUUUGGGUAUGCGCAAAAGCGACGAGAAGAGUACUAUCUCCUGAAACUCAUUGCUCGAUCAGUCAAGGAGGAAGUGGACGGAGUGAAUUCGAUACAGGAAUAUUCUCGAGGGAAUUUUUUCUGGUCGAAACUCCUAUCUAACUAUACCCGGUCACCUCGGGAUAGGAAGUUUCUUCGCGAGCUUUUGGGCCCCCUCAUUCAAUCCAACAUCAUCGAAGAUCCAGCGCUUGACCUUGAGAGCGAUCCCAUGCAGAUUUACCGCUCCGCAAUUAAUAACGAAGAGCUUCGGACCGGACGACCCAGCCAGCGGCCGCUGGACAUCCCCCGAGAAUCUGCAAUCAAGGAUCCAGAAACUCGGGACAUGUUCAUCGAUCACUUGCGAGACCUUCGUGAGAUUUCAGAUCAAUUCCUAUUAGCUCUAGAAGCUUUGUUGCCCAAGAUGCCUUAUGGCAUUCGAUUCAUCUGUCGAGAAACGAUGGAUGCCCUGUGCCAACAUUUCCCACGAGAACCUGAAGACCGGCUACUUCAAAUGGUUGGCAAUUGGCUCUGGAAAUUCUAUCUUCAACCCGCCUUGACAGCUCCCGAGUCAAUGGGUGUCAUUGAAAAGCAGCUCACGCCACUCCAAAAGCGCAAUCUCAGCGAGGUUGCAAAGGUACUAGGUCAGGUCGCGUCCGGGCGAUUGUUUGGCGGCGAGAACAUCUAUCUACAACCUCUAAACGCUUACGUCGGAGAUGCAAUUGAGCGAAUGCGUCUCAUUUUCUCUAAUAUUUUAUCGGUUCCAGACGCGGAAAGUACAUUCGAUAUUGACGAAUUCAAUGAUUUGUACGCCAAGUCGAAACCAACUCUAUACAUCAAGAUGGGCGACAUCUUCUCUAUUCACACCCUUAUCGCAGGAGACCUCCCUUAUAUUUGCCCAAACAGAGAUGAUAUGCUGAGAGAAAUCGUUCAAGAGCUUGGUAGUGCAAAGAACAAUGAGACCGAGAUGACAGGUGUGGCAUCUGGAGAAAUUCAAAUGACUCUCAAUCCCAAGCUGCACGACAUUGAAGAUCCCGAAGCAGAGGUCAAGGCUCUAUUUAUGGAAACCAAACGAUGCAUUUUGUACAUCAUCCGCAUUCAAUCUGGCCCUAAUCUCAUGGAAAUUCUUGUCCGUCCAAUCACGCGCGAAGACAAUCAAAAAUGGCAUGACUUGCUUCGAGAAGAGUUUGCCGCGGGUAGCAAGACUCGUGGCGCAUACUCGGAUGCAACUACCUUAGUAGAUAUCAAAUCAAUGUCGUACAAGGAACUGAAGCGAACAGCCUUGGAAAACAUCAUGAGACUCGAACAAUUCGGCCGAAUCUCGCGGCAUAACUUCUAUCAAGACAUCCUGAACGCCAUUGCACUUGAUAUUCGAACGAAGAGCCGAAGACGAGUACAACGACAAAGAGAACUGGAGGGUGUUCGCCUUACAUUGGGUAACUUGAGCGAGAAGGCAGAAUGGCUAGAAUCUCAGAGGAAAAGCUACGAUAACUACAUCGAGCAAGCCAUGAUGACUCUGCAGAAGAAAGGCAAAAAGCGCUUCCUCAUGCCCUUUACCAAACAAUACAAUCACGAGCGAGAACUUGAGCGCUCAGGCCGAAAGCCCAAAUUCGGCUCCUUCAAAUACUCCGCGAGAACACUUAGUGACAAAGGUGUACUAGUCUCAUGGAAGGGCCAUAGCGAACGCGAAUGGGACAAGAUCAACCUUACUAUCUCUUGCGACGAGGUCGGCGUCUUCUUCAUCGAGGGCAGCAAAGGCAGUAUCCAGAUUCCCGGCGCCAGCGCCCAGGUUCCCAUGGAUAGCUUAUUGGCUGCGCAAUUCGCAAAUCACCAAUACAUGGACUUGUUCGAAGGAGGUAUGAGGCUUAAUGUUAAUCUGUUCUUGCAUUUGUUGUAUAAGAAGUUUUAUCGAACUGAGUGA